UCUCAUCUGUGUGAAGAGGAAGAUGCAUAAGAAUACCAUGAAACUCAUUCUGCUUUUCUACCUGAUUUGGUGACAUGAAGGCAAGUGAUAUGAGGUGCAUUUAACCCCAGGUUUACAUGCAUAUUAUUCACUGACUGCUAGUACAGAGAACUCUCUGCAUUAUACAACAAUCAGAUGAAGAAAAUGAAUAUGUUGCAGCAUCAAAAAUAUCGUUGCCGACGUGGUGAUCUGCAGAUGAAGUAAAAUGAAUACAAGCAACAUUGGUGGCUCGGUUUCCACUUGGGACCUUUUGAUCCUGCCAAAAGAGUAGAGAAAGGAUAAGCCUGUGAGGCAAUGUGGAACAUGUCCUUCGAUGUUAUAUAUGGUGCAGCCUUAAGGUUCUGCAGUCCCCACUAGCAAUUGGAAUCAACUCUCCCUUCACAGAGGAUGACGUCUCCACUGAAAUGCACCUGAUUCUCCAUGUCUCACUGCAGCACCACACUGCUUGUUUCUUUCAUAUGGAUGUGGUAUCAUGAUUCUUUUUUCAUGGACCAGCAAUCGAUGGAUAAUUUUGGACAGUGUAAAGAAGCUUGACCCAAAGAGAUGCCACAGGAGAGACUCAGUGGUAUGUUCAUAUCUAUAUCCAUAAUUUGCAAGUCUUCUCUUGUCUAUCCACCAUGAUAUGUAGCAUGAAUCUACCAUCCAGAUCAUAGAUAAACAAUGUAACUGAAGCAGAUAAAGGCUGAUCAUGAGCUGGAUACCUAUGUGACAAAUCAGACUAAAACUGAUAUCGAUGCUCUUUGACUUUCUGAGGCAAUUUACAGUUUCACUGCUGAAGGACAGAAAAAUCUGUGUUCUGCUAUUGACUUGAUUGGAGUGAAGAUUAAGUGGGUUCAGUUUGUUCUCCACUUUGUCCAUCAACAUUGUGAGGCUAUUCGAGCCAUACUCUCUGCAAACUGCUAAAAACUUCAAGCUCUUGCAAUGGCAACUCAGUACAUGUUUCAGUGUCUUGAAACUUCUCGGUUUUUCUCAGACUUUAGAAAUGAGAAUCUGAUGGAAGAAGUCAGCAUCUCAUGCUGGCCUACUCAUCCAAGAGCGGACUUGGACUUUUCAAAACUGCAGAGAACUUCUGGCGUCAAAAAAUUGGUAGCACGACAGCCUCCCAGAUAUUCCAUAGUGCACAGCGCAUCUGUGACCACAGCCAGGAAGAAAUCUGACAUUAUCCAAAUCACAAAAUAGUACCAAGUGGAAUACACAACUGAAGUGAAUGACAACGAGGGUCACCGUCCAUGCCAUGAUAAGAGAGUGCUCCAGGCAUGCAGACCAUAUCCAAAGGAACAUAUGCUCCCUUUUGGCUGCAAUCCUUGUAGUGUUGUGAAACAACGAUCUUUUUGGCUCUAUAUAAGCAAGCCACACAGGAGGAGAGGAAGACCAAUACAUACCAGGUCUUAAGCAUUUAGUUUGGCUCUUCAGCAACCACAUCCCUUGAUCAAGGACUUGAGAUCCACAUAUCAGUUGCAUUUUCUUGGUGAGAUAAAAUGGACAAGGUGAUGAAGAUGGCAUCACAACGAGCAGUGGUAGUCUUCAGCUUGAGCUCAUGCUGCAUGUGCCAUACUGUUUUGAGCCUCUUCCAUGACCUUGGUGUCAAUGCCACCAUCCAUGAGCUCGACGAGGACCCAAGGGGGAGAGAGAUGGAGAGGGCUCUUGCCAGGCUUGUGGGGCGUAAUCCGCCGGUGCCAGUAGUAUUCAUUGGCGGCAAGCUGGUUGGAUCCACAGACAGGAUCAUGUCACUGCACCUUGGUGGUAAACUGGUCCCUCUUCUUCGUGAGGCAGGUGCUCUUUGGGUAUAGAUAGUGAAUUCUGCACUCUGAUAAGAAUCAGCUAUAUAUGAGAAGUAGACAAAAAGAUUAUCUAAUACGAAAUGCGAUGUGUGAAAAUAAACUAUAGAGUAUGACUUUAUGUGUACAAACUCGUUACAGAUCAUACACCAUGUACCUUUGACACUAUAAUGAAUAUUGGUUAAGAGUUCUCUUA